AUGAAAAUUCUUAAAAUUUUAUUUUUUUUUUGUAUGUUUAUUAAAUAUGUAUAUAGUAUGAAUCCAGUAAAAAGAGGAAAUGAAAAUUUUCCUGUUAAUAAUAUUUCAGAAGAAAUAGAAAAUUUUGAUUCAGAAUAUCCAUCUUUUAAUGUUCAUUAUAAUUUUGAGCCAAAGGAUUGGAAAAAUAUAGAAUUAAUAAAUAAAAAAAAUAAUGACUUUUUAAAUGAUAUAAAAAAUGAAAUAAUAAAAAUGGAUGAAGAUAAAAUGAAAAUAAAUCACAUACUAAAUAUUCAAAAACAACAACUAGAAGAACUAAUUUUUUUAAUUAAAUAUGUACAUUCCAACAAAGGUAAACAUACAAUAGAUGAAAUGCCUCUAUAUUUAAGAAGCGGUAAUUUUGAUAGUUAUAAAUUAAAUAAUAAUAAAGUAGAAGAGACUUAUAAUGAUAUAAAUAAUUAUAUAUUGAACAAAUCUAAAUUCAUUGAAAAAGACAACUUUUAUUUUAAUUUAGCAGAACAAUGGAUCAGUUAA